AUUCUAGAAAUCAGUCACACAGAGGGGGAAAAAAAAGGUUUCAUUUCAAAAGAGAGAGGGAAAAAAAAAAAAAAAAAAAAAAGGUUUUUGUGCUUGAGGGAGAGGAAUUAUGAAGUUGAAUUGCUUAAGCUUGAUAAAUUUUUUAAUACUAGGAUGUCUAUCGGUUGUCUGUGUUUCACAGGAUUUUGAUUUCUUCUACUUUGUUCAACAGUGGCCAGGUUCCUACUGUGAUACAAAACAAAGUUGCUGUUAUCCGACGACCGGGAAGCCUGCUGCUGAUUUUGGCAUCCAUGGACUUUGGCCCAACUACAAUGAUGGUACAUACCCAUCAAACUGUGAUCCCAGUAACCCCUUUGAUCAGUCUCAGAUAUCAGAUCUGAUCAGCAGUUUGCAAAAGAAUUGGCCUACGCUAGCUUGUCCAAGCGGCAAUGGCACAGCAUUUUGGUCACAUGAGUGGGAUAAACAUGGAACUUGCUCUGAAUCUUUGCUUGACCAACGUGCUUAUUUCCAAACCACCCUAAACUUUAAAAAGCAAGCAAAUCUUCUCCAAAUCCUUACAACCGCAGGAAUAAGGCCAAAUGGAGAAUCGUACAGCCUAGAAGACAUCAAAGGAGCGAUACAAGGGGGGACUGGAUUUGCUCCAUGGAUUGAGUGCAACACCGACUCCUCAGGGAAUAGCCAGCUUUACCAAAUUUACUUGUGCGUGGACACUUCCGGAUCAAACUUUGUUGAAUGUCCAAUUUUCCCAAAUGGAAAAUGUGGUUCCAACAUCGAGUUUCCUUCCUUUUAGAUGGCUAAAAACAAACGUGUAUCUUUUUUCAUUUUCUUACUAACUCAUCAAUUACAAUAUGGUACAUCCGAGUUUGGAUAACCAAAUAAAUUUGUAUUCCUACUUUAAAUGAAUAUAUAAAUGUCAAUGGGAUAUAUAUUUUCUUA